AUGCCGGUGGCUGCUCUCCAUCUUCAUGUGAAAUAUACCAAUUUGCCGGAAAAACCCCUAACAGCAUUGCCUCUUGGAUACCGCUUAAAUUUCAACGUCGAGUCGCGCGAUCAUCUGGGCCGCACAUUCGAUGCUGCCAAACAUUUGCUGAAUUUUAGACCUCAUCGAUUCGACUUAACUGAAAUCUUUCCAAGCAACGACAACCAUUCUUUCGAUAUUCUAUUAAAAGAAGUUGGUGAGACAGUGUUCAAGGUUUGGGAUCGAAAUAAUCCCGAGCUUGAGGUAUUUUUACGACUCCCAGUUGCCGAUGCUAUUUUACCUCGUUUGGAUUCGCUCACCGUUUCGGAGAUUAUCUGCUUCAAUUCGCCACUGCCAACAGUUGUCUGGAAGGAACUGGAUGCAAAGCGACAUUUUCAGUUUGUUGAUGCAGCUGGUGGUGUUGCGGUGGCACGGGAAGCAGGCGAAGCUGUUGUUGCAUCAUAUGAUCUGGAAAAUCAGGCGAUUUUUACCAAGAUGAAGAUUGUUCCUGCAACUUCAUUAUAUUUCUCGGCUGCGCCGUCUUUCAUCUCGAAUAUAAAGGGACAUCGAUACGUUCUUCCAGUUACUGUCGACAAUGAAGGGCACAGUCCAUCCAAUGUCCAUGGUACUGGUUAUUUUUUCUAUUUUCUGUUUUUUCCAUGGUACUGGUUAUUUUUUUUUUCAUGA